AUGGAUCAAUAUUUAAGUGCGGUUCUGCGUAAUUAUACAUCAAAAGAUAAUACAGGAAAUGAAUCGGAUGAUGAGGACUCAUUUGGUGGUAAUCAAUUACAUUAUAAAAUUCCAUUUUGGAUCGGUUCAUUUGUAAUAGGUCUAUUAUUAUUUUCGGCAAUUAUUGCUUGCAUUAGAUACUGUUAUUUUACUCUAUGUCCAUCACAUGAAACAGAAAAAGUGGCGUUGGUGCCUCCAACAUCAGUAUCAACGCAUGAAAAACGGUCGCAACCAUUAGUACGCAAAAAUAACAGUGAUGAAACUCCAUCAACAAAACGACAUCGACAAAUGUCCUCACCAGUUAUUCCAAAUAAAAAACAUCAACGUUUUCAUCACUCUGCCUCACGAGACGAUCACAUUGAUUCGCAUCCGUCUCGUUUAAUGAUAAAUGAUACAAUAACAGAUAUUGACACACACGUUUUGAAUCUACCGCGUUCUCGUGCACCAUACGAUCUUCGCAAAAAAAUAAAUGGCGUUUACGUAUUGCCCGUGUCACCCGCCCUUUCCUCAGCUUCAUCAUCAUCUACACAAACAGCCGACAGUAAAUUAAGUACAAAUGAAACACCGGUACGUCCCAUACGAAAUACUGACAUGUCAGCAGUUGAUGACGGAGGACGAAUGGCAUUCAACAACAAAGGCUACGGUGACUCACCCCAACCCAAAGAUCGAACGUUAAAUCGUUCACAAUUAAGGACUACGACGCCUAAUACGACACUACGUCGAACAAACAACGGUCUUCCUCCACCACCUACUCAACCUCCCCCGUCACCACCCAUUCAUUUUUCGAAUAAUAUUCGACGAUCUCAUGAUAUGUUGAAUAAGUGUGCAACGAUGGGUCUCACUACAAAAGAUCUUAACAUGCGGUUUUGUCAGCAAUCAAAUUAUGGAAUAAUUAAGGAAAAUACUAAUCAUAAACAUCCUCCACCCGUGCCUAGUCGAUCACAAAAACCGACGAAUGCCAUUGGUUUUGAAGGAAUAAUGGUGAAGCAGUCCGAUGAUUACGAAGCAACAAUUGGGUUUCGUCGAGAAUUAAUAGAACAACAAGAGAAUUAUUGUGAACAUCAUUAUCCCGAGCAAUCACCAAUAACUACUGAUCAGUGGCCAAUACCACCAGAAACGAAUGAUGAAAUAUCCAUCAUUCGGCACAGUCAAUCCAUAAAUCCUCUGCCAACAUCUCAGACUUAUAAUCAUUUAAAUCUACUUCCUCAAGUUCACGUCAGGAAUCAACAACAUCAUAGACGUCGCACAGUUAACGACAUAUUUCAACAUGAGGAUCAAACAAUGUUAACUGAAUCGAAUACUUAG